CAGGAGGAGGAGUCGGUUGUGUUUCAGGUUUACGGGUGUGUGUUUUUCUGCGUUACAGCGCUUUAACAGAAAACUGUGGAAAACAACUGUACGGACUGAGAUUCGUUUAGUUACAUGAUGUACUUUCAGUGAGUUUACAUCAAGUUCCCGAAGAAUACCGACGUGUUUUGGGGAGUCCGGAGAGAGGUUAGCCAAACUGCUUCGGUGCUAUGUGAGAAUAAACCUUCCCCUGACGUGCCAUGCUUGCCACACAGAUGCCAGAAACUCUACCAGAGGCCAAAGAUGUCAAACAGAUCAAAGACAAGUUGGCCCAGUCUCUUAAAGCCCUCCAGAAACGAUACGUGACAUCAGAUGCCGUGGUCACCAGCGAAGACGAGAAUGCUAACCUCCUUUGCUCCGCUCUGGAGGCCAUUUUCAUUCAUGGGAUCAAGAGCAAGUAUAUCCGCUCCGAAGCUGGAGGCCGAAAUAGGAAGGGUGACCGGGGAGUCCUCCCUCAGCCUUAUUUCUGGAGCCUCCUCAAGACGGUCACCCACCGUGACGUGAUCACGGAGCUGGAGAAGAUCAGCUACCUUGGCACAGACGUGGGCCGCUGCAGAGCGUGGCUGCGACUGGCCCUGAACCACGGCCUUCUAGAGUGCUACCUCGCGUCUCUGUUUCGGGAGGGCUCCAAGCUGCAUGCUCACUAUCAACCCAGUGCCUUGCUCCUGAAUGCAGAGGAGCGAGAAGUUCUGCUCAGCUACCUCCAAGGUCUGGCCUCACUCACGUUCAACCUGUCCUACAAGUCCGCUGUCCUUAACGAAUGGACCACCACGCCUCUGGCUCUGGCGGGUCUCUGCCCACUGUCCCAGUCGGACCUGCUCAAUGGUGCAAGCCAGCUUGCCUCGAAGCCCCCCCGCAAGGAAUCGUGGGACACUGCGUCUCAGUCAUCAGGUUCAUCAGAUGCAAUGGAUGUGCAGAGAGUCUACCCGAUGUCUCCUCCUGGCGGAGAGGUUUUACAAGGAGAAAAGGCGGUGCUGUACUCAUCUAAUUUGAGUCUGGACACCACAGGGUCCUCCCAGCUCUCCUCCAGCUUGAGCUCCGACAGUUACCUGCAGGGACAGGACCCCCGCAGCCUGAAUGGAGAGCAGUGGUCUUCAGGUGACCUGGACGCCCCCAUUAUUGUCAGAAACUACAUCAAAAGGCACCAGAAAGAUGUGCAGUCUGAUUUCCGAGAGAGUGGACAGUGCAGUCAGGACUCGAUGCGUGAAGACUCAUUCAUCUCCAGCACAGGAGGCGAACUUUUCUCGGAGAACACAACAUUCAGCGGCUCAGACAGCGAGAACCAGGGCCAGGAUAUGUCAGCACAAGACCCUGAAGAACAACUCCAAAAUCCUGACCCAGAGCCACCUCCACCCUCUGACCAGAUCCCAUCCUGUGAUGAACAACUUGAUGUCCAAGCAGCACAGGAAAUGUGCAGUAGUUCCUCUUCUGAAUUAUGCUCCGACACAGCUGUGAUCUCUUCUGUUAUCAAACCUUCUGAGCCUGUGGAGGAAGAACAUGUGGCUGUUGUUCCGAAGAGCGCAGAGCCAGUCCAGGAAAUGAAGCUAAAGGGUGCUUCAGAGAAGAGAAGCUCUGAGUCACAAACAAGCAAAGGCUCACAACGCUCAACAAGUAUCAUCAGCAGGAAACUGUCUACAGAUUCAUUCUCAAAUUCGCGUUCUUGGAUUUCUGAGGAUGACAUCUACAAGCCUGACCUGGUAGAGGUGCCUGAUAAUGAGGAGGUGUCUCCCACAGCUGACCUGAAGGCUUCCCAGUCUCCUCCCAGUGUCGUCCAUCGUAGACAAAUAGGGCUUUCCAACCCCUUUCGAGGCCUGCUGAAGCUCGGCCACUUGGAGCGACGAGGCGGAAUGGGAAUAUGGCGCGACUACUACUGCGAACUCUCACCCUUUGAGUUCCGGAUGUAUCUGAAUGCGGAAGAUCGUGAAUGUUUCGACAACUGCUCCCUUCUGCGAUGCGAAGACAUUCGUAUCACAUCGUCGGAGGGCCGAUUCGAUUUGUCCUUUCCGGGGAAACGGCUUUACCUCCGAGCAGCCAAUCAGGAUGAAGCAGAGGAUUGGGUGGACCGUAUAUUUGAGGCUGUAAACAAAUGCCGACCAACGCCGCACGAUGAUGAGCACUGGGAAGUGUUGCAGGGAUCUAGUGAAAAUGGAGUGGAUGAGCGUUCAGUUUCAUCUGCUUCCUCUGCUCUCUCAAGCCCCGAGCGACGCUCGUCACCCUCUGACUUGAGUGAGACGGCUCCUCCUGUCCAGGAGUUUGACUGGACUCGAACUACUGACUUGGAAACGGAUGCUCUCAAAGAAGCUGUUCUGUAUCUCUCCACAGAUUCUGAAGCCAGGACUUGGGCCCCUCUGGUUGUUUCCCUUUCUCUGGAGGCCCUGAAAGGCUUUCGCAUACAGGAGGAAAGGAAGGUGUUGUGGCUAAACAACCCCAUUGCUGAAAUCAGGGAUAUUGUUCCAGAUGUCUCCUUGGGAGGACCAGCAUUUUUUAAAGUCCUGACAGUGAGAGAGACGCUAAGAUUCAGAGCAGAGAAUCCCGAGGAAGCUCGGUCUUGGAGGGUUUUGAUCCGUGGAGCUUUGGACUCGUAUUUGGAGAGUGGAGAUGAUGUAAUUUCUGAGGAACCUCCUCCAGUCCGGAGCACUGGAGUGAAUGGUAAUCUGCAUAGACUGGUGCAACAUAGACUGAAAGAAAAUGGACAGCUUCUGGGACACCUCUACACAGUUCCAUCAGAAAAGGGACUGGACGCUCAGAGCUUUAAAUGCUCAGGCUGCCAUCAGCAGAUUGGCCCGUCCCGAGGAAGAGCCCGGCUGUGUGAGUUUUCAGGCCAGUACUACUGUGAGGCCUGCCACAAGGGGGACACCACCAUCAUCCCGUCACGCAUGGUGCACAACUGGGAUCUCACCCAAAGAGAGGUGUCAAAGAAAGCUCUGCGUCUGUUGGCUCAGAUAGAGAAGGAGCCUCUGAUGAACCUGGAGCUGCUGAAUCCUGAUCUGAUGAGCCAUGCAGAAUCCAUGACUCAGGCCCACAGCCUGCGAGAGAGGCUGCGCCUGCUGGGCGACUACCUGCUGACCUGCCGCAGCGGAGCCUACAAGAAACUCCAUGCCAGAAUGGGACAGCGAACUUAUCUGUUGGAGUCAAGGCACCUGUACAGUGUUCUGGAUUUAAGACAGAUAGCAGAUGGCCAGUAUGGAAACUUCCUGACCUCCCUGGUGCAGCAGGCCUCUAAUCACGUGCUGAACUGCGACCUGUGCACACAGCGAGGUUUCAUUUGUCAGAUAUGCCACUCUAAUGACAUCCUCUUCCCCUUCCAAUUCAACAGCACCACCAGAUGUAAAGAUUGUAAAGCAGUGUUUCACCUUUUCUGCAAGACUGAACAGAACUCUUGUCCUCGCUGUGAGCGAAUGAAGAAAUACCUGGAGAGAGAUCUACAGGACUCCCAUUGAACUAUUUAAUUGCCAACGGAAAAGAGAAGUUGAUCUUUUAUAAGAAGUAACCUAAAGUGCAAUUACGAGAACAAUGAGCCUUUUCCAACUGACUAAACACUGACAAGAGAUGAAAUGAAGGGGUCGCCAUGUUACAGUGACUAAAACUUUGCACUAUUUAGAGGCCAACAUACAGAAUGGAUGCAACCAAAUAAUAAUGACCAGUGAAUUUGUUACUUCUACAAACACUGAUUCAGCCACGACAUCAAAAGAAAUGUAGGACAGAGGUGACGGCACCUGCCACAAAGAAUAUCCAACACAUUUGUACACCGUUACUGAGUCAAAUUCACUUUUCUUAACUGUUAUUUAACAUGCUACUCUCCAUUCAGUGUUUGUCCUUAUGAUGCUCAGUAGUGAGGAUGAAAUAUUCGAAACCAUUAAAAAGCAGGACUUGAAAUGAUCUAAUGAUUUUAGUUGUGCCUUGUGUUUAUUUUCAAGCUUGCCGCUCUAAUGACUCAAUCAUUUCCUGUUGAUUUAAAGCCAUCACAGGGCCAAAAUGCAGAACAAAGCUGUUUAUAUUGAACAGCAAGCAUUAAAUUUAUUGCAAUGAUAUCAUUUAGCUAAAUGUCUUUAAUUUAGGACACAGAACUCUUCUUUAUCAUACGUUACUUACAUUUAUUAAUUGUUUGAUUUGGUUCUUGGACUGCGGAUUAGAUUAAAAAAAGUAAAUAAAUAUACAAAAGAUCUUGAUUUGCAUACAUUUUGAUUUACGAUAUUUAGCAUACUUGCACUUUAUCAAAGUUGGAUAUUCCUCCAGAAUGUAGCUGCAAUAUCUUUAGUUAUAUCUUACUGUGCAGACUUUUUUUUGUUUAGAUUUUUCAUAUAUUCUCAAUUUUUGCUACUUUGUUUCAAUGUCUUCAGUGUGCUGAAAUACCAGUAAAUGACUCAAAACUGCCAAGAACAAAACAUAAUUUUGAUAUAUGCAUAACAUAUCGCAUUUAAGAGGAGCAUGGAAAAUACAGCAGUACUGUUUUUGACAGAUUGUACUUAUUUUAUCUCAUGUGUUAUGUAUAAAUGGCCAUACUGAAAUAAAAGUCUAUUGCAAUGAGAA